AUGUCUAGAAUAACAAAUCCACGAUUGAACAGCAGUGUUAGCGAACUAAACGUGGUCGAUGAUGCGAUGUCGGUGUUUAGUUCCACUGAUAAAUCUUAUCAGACCCGGUUUCGAUGUGUGUCCAUAAGCCCGGAUGGACAACAAAUCGCUACUUUUAGCCCUGCAACUCAUGAAAUAAGCAUAUUUAGUACCAACGAUUUGGUUAACCCUAUUUCCACUUUCGUCUUUAGCGUUGUUAUCGAAGGCCCAUCAAGUGGACAAUCUUGCUGGUCAAUAGCCAUCUCCGAUAGUGUGAACACCGAAGACGAUCGCCUAAUGGCCAUAUCACGUUUCGACUUGCUUGACACGACCUCAACUGACGUUCGCCUACACGUUGAGAAUCCUAUCGAUGAUCUGGAGUCCAUUGAUUCGAGAUACACUAUUGGCUAUAAUCGCACUAAAGCUGAGACAUGGGUACUCCUCACUUUGCAAAAAAUUGAAAUUAAAACUAGUAUCCGAAAGAUCGGCGGAGUUGUAAGAUUUCUCGAUAGCAAUUUCAGUUUAAAAGAUUCAUUGUCAGAGGACCAAACUGCGAUUGUCGUCGUCAAUUCGUCCGGAAUCUAUAAGCAGACCUUCCAAAAUUCCGAGAUCAAAAUCUCUCGUAAACACUUUUUCCCAUUCUCUAAGAUCAAAUUUAAAUCUGACAUCGAACAAUUCAACUUGCCCAAAAGGCUUUCGAUAAACCUUUCUCAUCCUGAUUACUAUCGAGGCGGUCUAGAAAUCUUGAAUGAUUGCAUUAUAAGAAAUCACUUCCUGGUUAACUCUUACAAGAAUCAACACCAUCAUGUGGAAAUGUACGACCUAGUUACCGGCAACUUGGAGACAGUAUUCCAACGUAAAGACUUGGCGGCUUCUCCCAAGGUCAUUCAUGGUUUGCCGGUAUUCGCCAUUUCGCAAAAUGAUGCGAUUUUGGCGUUCUGUCGGGGCACCGCUAGUAUCACCUUGUAUUUAAUGGAAACCGGUUUGGAAAUUGACACCAAAAAAAUCGUGGGUCCUGGACUCCAAAAGAUCAUAUCCAUGAGUUUUAUUGAUGAUGAUAGUAAAUUGUUGAUAAUGAUUGAGGAAGGUGAUGUGCAACAUAAGUAUCAAAUUUUCGUGGUGUGGGACUUAUUUACCACCCAUGAGAACACCGAGCAUUCGGAGAAUGCGAUAAGAAGAUCCAUUCGUUUGGAGUCAGAGAACCCGUUGAGAAUUGACAUGACUCGUCCAUUGAUAAGCCCUCAAGGAAAUAUUUAUGUUAUUAACGAAGAUGGCGAUCUGUCAUCUUUACUGGACCACCCGGAUAUUGACCUCAUAAGAAAUUCCAAUGCUCAGCAGGAUAUGACGGCGUGCGAAAUUGAUAACAAAGAUGAGGAAAUUCACCAUUCGAUAUUCAAGGUCGAUGGAGAACGAGUUGAUGUUCGCUCGUUGAGUAGAAACAAAGUUAUCAUCAACCACAUUGAACCUUGGCAAAGAGAUAAAAAGUAUUCUCGCGUGUCCGCUUAUUUGCACUCUGACAAACGUACCCAACUCACAAUCGGACCUGAUACUGUACAAGUAUGGCGUUACCGAAAAUUAAGAGACUCCGAUCUACAUGAACGAGUGUUAGAAUAUAUCUGGGCCAAGAAUGGUGGUGACGAACUGCAAAUUCGUGAACUGCUAAUUGGCGAACAAGAAUUUGUGCUAAAGCUGAUGGUUCCUUCUAGCGAAAAAUAUGAACCACAACCACUAACGAUCCACUGGCCAAAUAAUGUCAAUGUAUUGGAGGGAGCGUGUAAGACGUUACGCGUGUUGAGUGAUAAGAAACAUGAAAUCGCUGGCAGCAAAAACGCCAAUAAGCGUGAAUUUUUGGUUAACCAUACACAACGGCUGGUGAAGAGAUACAUAAAGAAAAGUGGAUUGUUUAGGUUAACUGACAUUCGAUACCCGAUCAUGGAAAAUCUUAUUAGGAGUCGUCAGGCGAGAUUGAUACAGAGCAUUCUGAAGAAUCGGAAGAACGGAAAAAAUUCGGGAUUACACAUUCCAAGGCUUCAUUCCUGGGGAAAUAUCGACGGAUCAAAUAAACUUGUGCCUAAGAAGGCCGACCUACAGAUUGCCUUAGAAUGCACGAGAAAACACACAAAUUCGGUUACCAUCGAAGCUUUGUUAGAUUAUUAUGCAGAUAAUGCCAAAGAUUACAAUAAUGUCGGGUGGAUGAUGACUGUCACCAACGUGAUUCCUUUACUUUAUGAUUACAAAUUGGAGCACCUUGUCCGGGAAUUAUUCAGAAAACCAUGUUUCGGAACUAUCGAAGCGUACGCACCCUCCUUAAAUAUCAAUCGUCAUGAUCAAAUAAGGGGCAAUUGUACAGAUAACUUACACGUGAUAAAUGUGAAUCCCCAACUUGAGCGAAAGCCUCCAAUUACCACACUCACCAAAAUGGCCGCUUUUCUUUCCAGACAGGUUGCAAGUAUGAAAAAGUUUUUCCUCAUUAACCCGUCAGGAGUGGUAAUUGAGCCAACCUAUAAUGAUCGUAAAGUCUACAUGGUACCCUUGCCCAACUUUACGGUUUAUCCUAAAUCUUCCGACAACGAUGAAUUGAGUUAUAGCUUGAUGUCAAUCAAAAUUCUCCGAUCAUUGUUUUGGCCUCGAAAAAGAAUCAUUGGUAAUGUCAAAGAAAUGAGCCCAUUUCUUCGUGUGAUUUUCGAGGAUGAAAGUACCGACCUCCAUAGAACACCUUCCAUUAAAGCCAUCACUUCUUAUAAAUGGAGAGAUGCCCGUAAUUAUUUCCUUCGUAACGUUUCCCUCUAUGUCCUAUUCGGUAUCUCGUUCGGAGUCCGGUCCAUCAACUAUGCGAUUAACGUCAACUUGACCAACAGCCUAUUUUCAACCGCACCUGGGGAUAUUGUUAUCAGCGCAUUCAACCUUUUGUUCUUGUACACGGGGUGGCACUUGGUUGCCAAUGAACUUAUACAAUUGAAACAAGAGGGAUUACAAAGAUACCUUGACAUUUAUAACAUAUUUGAUUUGGGAUCGGUGGUUCUACCAUUGGGAUUGAAUAUUUCGGAUUGGUUGUUCAACAUGGAUUUUUACCUUUUCACCACAGCGCUGAGUUUUACAAUGUUGAUUAUGUGGUUCGAGUUGUUGUUGUUAAUGAGAUACUUUGAGUCACCCGGGCGCUUUAUCUACAUCAUUACGAACAUCUUAAAUACCAUAUGGCCAUUCUUCGCCUUCAUGUUAAUCGCGGUAUUGGGAUUCGGUACUGCUAUGUUCAUCCUUCUUAAGAAUGCGCCUAACGAUCAAUUUCAGGUUGAUAGAUAUGACAUUGUCAACCCUCAAAAUACCGACGAAAGAAAUUUGAUAAUUGAACGUCAAGUUGAUCGAAAUUCACGCAUCGAAAAUUACUAUUCCAACCUUGGCUCAUCCGUAGAAGCAGUAUUUUUUUGGACCAACGGGCGGUGGGAUCAAUUAGAACUAUGGGAUAAUUACGCGGUGGAUGUGAUGAGCAUCUUGGGGAGUUUGAUAUUAGUAUUGAUCUUUCAAAAUAUGCUAAUUGCAUUCAUGAAUGGCGCAUUCGAUAAAGCCAAAGAAGACGGUUACAAUGCUGUUCAUGUAUUUCGCGCUGAUCUUAUUUCUGAUUAUGAAACAAUGGAUAGACCACUUGGCAGGAAAAAAGAUAGUCGCUACAUAUACUUCAUUCCCAAUCCUGAUUUUAUCGAUUCAUGGCUUUUGUAUGUCAAGAAAAGGAAUAUGACACGAACGGGCGAAGAUGAUCAACUAGAAUCGUCGGAUUCCGAUGAUGACUAUGAAGAAGAGGAGCACGAAAAAACACAUUACAGAGAAUAUUCCUUAGACUCUAACAAAUCAGAUAAUAACGAGGAAAAAAUCAAGCUUGUGGACGAAGAUUACGUCAAUAAAUUUAAGAGGCGACAAUGUAUCAGCCAUUCACGAAAUAGUUCGCUUUCUACCUUUGUUAGCAAACCAUUAUUUUCUAUCAGUUCAACAAAUCAAGGUACUUCCGAUAAUACGCUUUUUCCUAUACCGGAGGCAGGUAUAAGUAGUAGAAGCAUUGUUAAUGAAGAGGUGACUCCAGAACGCACAAUGGCGAUGCAGAAGAGAUUUGAUGAGUUGGAGAAUACAAUUUCCGAAAGGAUGAUCAGAUUUAUGGAACGGUUCGAUACCCUUGAACAAAAGAUGACAACUGUACUAGAAUUUUUGAGUGAUCAAUAA